CUCGCCUGAGCUGCAUUGAGGAAAGGUCGAAGGAGGCGCGACGAAGUGUGCUCGCAGGCUUGUGCGCACGUGCGGGUGCACGUGUGUAUACGGGAGGUAGGUCGCGCGGGGAGAGUCGGAGCGGCCAGGAGGACUCCGACCGUCGAGCCACCUGGUGGUCGAGGUUGAGGUCGGCCCGCGAGGGCGUUGCGCCACCCGGCGACCGAGACCGCGAGGACCGAGGCUCCGGUCGAGAGCGUCGCAGGUGCGACCCGUCACUCGGGCACGGUAGAUGGUAGGCGGCGGACGCCCGCUCUAGCCUCCUAGAGCCCAGUCGGACUUCGGACCACGCGAUGACGGGGAAGCUGCGAGUCGGGGCGCGGGAUCGCUCGGCCGCUGCCCUCCUCGUCCUGGCCGCGCUCCUCUGGCCCGGCCGCGUCGGCGGCCUCUCCCCGAGGUCGAGGCGCCCCGAGUUCGCCGCCGGAAACGACACCCUCCCGAUCGAUUGCGACCGCCUCGGACCCGUCCUCCAGCCCGAUGACCUCCUGCAGACCCCGACCCAAGACCAGACUCCGGACCUCCGAAGAGGAGCCGACCCUGCCAAAUCUAUAUGCGGAGGGCCCUGUUGCAACCGAACGGUCGAGGAGCACUUUCGUCAUCGGGCCAAAGAGGACUUUCACAAUUCGAUCCAUCACCAUAGUAUGAGUCUGCGGGGCCUCCUGGUGACCACUGCCGACGCCCUAAGAGAAACGGUGACGACGUUGGUGAGGCAGUCCGAGAACAAGACGCUGACCCUCUUCGACCAGGUCUAUAGGAGCAUGGCGGUGUCGAGCAGGCCCUCGAUCAAAGCUCUCUACCAGGAGAUGAUCGAUUACGUCUCACCGAAGAACACCCCCGACGAUCUGCUGCAAGCGAUUACCCGGGACAUGCUCCAGCAGAGGUUCACCGAGUUCUUCACCAAGCUCUUCCCCAUUGCCUACCACAGGGCGGUUAACCCGCACCAGCAGGACUUCACCGACAAGUUCAAGACCUGCCUCUACGAGACGAUGGACGAGAUCCAGCCGUUCGGCGACAUCCCCGAGGGGAUCCUCAGGUCGGUCGGGAAGAGCCUCGAGGCCACCAGGGUCCUCAUCCAGGCUCUGACCCUUGGAAGCACGGUCCUUGACAAGACCGACGGAGUUCUCUUCUCCGGAGGCAGUGCUCAGCAGGAGGCUUGCUACGAUGCCCUCCUCAGGAUGACCUACUGCUCCAGGUGCUUGGGCACCGUCCCCACCGACGUCCGACCCUGUGCCGGGUUGUGCACCAACGUUAUGAGGGGUUGCCUGACGGGGGCGGCGUCGGAACUGGACCUGACGUGGUCCAGAUACGUGGAGACGGUGGAGCGGCUGGUGGUGGCCGUGGACGGGCGGAACGAUCCUCUGGGGCUGAACGCGGAGCGGGCCAUGAGGCAGCUCGACGUCCACAUCUCUGACGCCAUCAUGCACGCCAUGGAGACCGGCCCAGCGCUGGAGGAGAAGGUCCGAAAGGCAUGCGGCCGUUCGGAAUUGAAGCCCACCGUGGCCGCGACGACACCGGAAGCGGAAGGAGCGGACCGGAAGCCGGCCGCAGCGCACGUGCCGCAGCCGCUGUCCCCGCCGUCCGGGUCGCACAGACUCCCGACGCAACUCCACCUCCAGCUCGGCAACUUCCUGGCAAGCGUCAUCAGGUCGCGAUCUUUCUACGCCACCCUCGCCGACACGAUCUGCGAGGAUUAUCGAUACGGCAGCUGCUGGAACGGCGAACACAUCGGAGAGUAUACGAAGACCAUCGUCGACUUCAGCCCCUCGGCCCAGAGGUAUAAUCCGGAAUUCACCAUGGUUGUGUCAACCUCCUCGACGAUGGCUCCCUAUGGAAAUCCGAAUGCCAGCAAGCUAAUAGAUAAGCUAAGGCACAUUAUUUCGGUGAUGCAGUCGCAGUUGAUAAGCACGCCGGAUAGUGGAGCGCUGCUCGCCGACGAGGGUCAGGAUGGCUCUGGAAGUGGCAUGGGCUCAAGCCGACGUGGCGGAGAUGACUUUUUCUCGAGCGGCUCCGUCGUCGACGACGACGACGAGGAUGACGAUUAUGAUCGGCACCGAGAUCGAGGCAACGAAUACGAGGCCUCGGGCUCGGGGAUGGGCCCGUCCACGUCGGACGUUACGAUGGAGACACCGCCCGAGACGAAUACCACGAGCGCCGCGACGACCGCCGCCGCCUCGACGCUCCUCCUAAUCCUAGUCGGAACCGCGGGUUCCCUGGGCGCGUAACUUUGUUGGGAAAGUCGGCCUCGCCGGGUCUCGUGUAGGAGACCCGUGGGGUCGAGUGGACGGUGGACUAAUCCUUGGCGGAUUACGACGGCGAAGGGUGCGGAUCGGCGAAGCCGCGAGAUUGCGGCUUCUGCCCGUCUUCGAGGAAGGCGAGGUCGACCGAUCGCGACACUCCGUUGAUCCCAGCUCGAGCUCGCGCGUCCCGAGAGGGAAAUCGUCACGACCCUCUCUCACGACUCGGAAGAGACGCGAGUUUCGAGUUGUCAGCUCUCGAAGAUGCGUUUAAAGUCGAUCGCGCACAUCCGGUCGAUACGCGUAUCGUGUCCCCGCCGUGCUGGUCAGUACCCGAAUGCAAAGUACAUUAUCAAAACCAUGUAGUUCGUGCUCCAAAUUGUUAACGCAUUGAAUUUUCUACCCUACUCGGCGUGAUGAAAUUUGAAACCAAAGUGCUUUCAUACACCACAGCAAUAAUCGCGGACUGUUUAUUGACUCGUAUCGAAUGAAGUAGAUGUUUUGUCAAAUCAGACGGAACAUUGUGUACAUUGUUAAACGCAACGAAAUUCUGUGCCAUCGGUGUUGAUCCGAUUAGAUUCCCUAACGUACUUGGCGCGAUGAAAUUUGGACAUAAAAUUCUGUCGUUUCUCGAUUUUUCUUGGACGGAAGCACGGCAAUAAUCGCGGACUGUUUAUUGACUUGUGCCGAAUUAUAGCAGAUAGUUUUGUAAGAUCUGGCUAAACUCUGCGAGCUCCAUAGAGGCAUGUAAAUAUGGAACACGGCGAUGUCUCUGAUCAGCACGAGCAAGUGAUGGAAAUGCGCGAAUCGACUUUUAGCGCCUUCGAAAAUACGUAGUUAGUUUGCGAGUACGCCUUGCUCGACGCGACGAGAUUCGCGUUCCGAUGCCUGUCUCGCGUUCGCGCUGGACAAUGAAAUUACGGUCAGUCGACUGGAUCGACAAGGCUGAGUUUUAAGUUCUUAUCAAAUUCAAUUCGCGGAACCGUUCCUCCUGUUUCGUUUCCAUAAGUCACGGGUCGAUGAAAUCCGACUGGCCGUAAAAUCUUGACCGUGUCAGCGCGACCCUCGCGAUCGAGGACUCGCGGCCGAAGCUUUGCUUGGCGCAAUAUAAUAUUUAGGAAGACCGAGUGUCUAAUUUAAAAAGGAAUAGUUAAGGCCUAGCGUCGGACCCAGGCCGUGGGUGUCCUUUUGAGAAGAUUUUACGCAAACCUCGAAAAGAAUCUUCGCAGAGGUUUCAAUCCGUAAUCGACACAUCUUUCCAUAUACGCUGAGUUAUUUUAUUUAUACAUUAAGGGGACGCGAAAAUGGCAUUGAGGGGUCAACAAUUCAUGAAAUUUCUCUAAUCUAAAUGCCGAGUCUUUUCUUACCUUUCAACGUGAAUAUGGAGGCUAUAAGGAAGGUCCGGACACCCAUGAAAUUUUAUUUUUCUAACAAUUUCUAAACUGUCUAUAAACAAAUUUAAAAAGAAAAGGAAUUUCGUGGUUGUCAGGACUUUUUUUAUAGUCUCCAUGUUCAUGUUGCAAGGUUUGAAAUGGUUCGGUACAUCGGGUCGGGAGAAAAGUUUCAUAAACGAGACCUCUUCGCCGCCAUUUUCGCAUCACUUUCAAGAGACUAUCCAGUCCAAUUGUUUGUGAUAAAUUUAACGAAUUCGAUCCUUAACGAGAUUUGUUAUAACUAGAAGACCCGACUUCUACGCUUCGCGGUUGUGAUAAACCCCACUCGGUUCUAACGAUUUAAUUAGCGACUCUAUCGGAAGUGUUUACUGUUACCAGUUGAAAGCGUGCUGCAACCAUCCUUUCAGAGGAGAGUUUGCGUAAAGUAAUUUAAAACGGACAACGAGGUCCAGCUGUACCUCGCAGCACGCGGCCUCUUGUACAUAUAUAUACUACAUUCGACUCCGAAUCUCCGAGGUCAGUGCCUUUUCGUAUAUCUCUUGGCUGUACGGAGUAUUCGCGCUGAAAGCGUAUCCCUUCGAGUCUUAUUUUCACAGUUCUUGGUUUCGCGACUGCUUAAGCUCGGAAUGGGCAAGAGACAGCUUGUACGAUGACGAAGAGUCGAUUUUCGCAUCACUAUUCGUCCUAAAGCAGCCUCAGGUCCUACCGAGUAGCUUCGUCUAACUACAGCGACUAAGAGACGAGUCAAAUAAAUCCAUUUUGGAGUUCGUCCGGCAGCCUUUAAUUUUAACGACGAUGAUUUCACUGUACCAUAUUGGCGUUCUUCCUUGCCACGUUAGGUGCCCGAUGUAGCUGCAAUUGGAACGACUGCAUGCAUCCUCGCGACUACUAAAUUAAGACUUAUUUAUUCGUUCUUUUUCCUUUCCUUUUUUUUUUAUUUAGUGCAAUCGAGCGUGCGUUCUUCUUUCUUUUUUUUUACUCGCUGAGAUGAGCUUUUUCGUAUCUGUGUUAACCGAGUCCCUUUAUCCGUUUCUUAGCUGUAUCAUUGUCUAGGAGCGAGCCUACGGAUAGUGUCAUAUAAUGGAUCGAGGCAUGAGUUCCUGCGGUUCUUUCGUUCAGAUCUUUAAAUUAAAAAGAAAGUAAAAGCCCGCCCGAACUUACGCCUCGACUUAAAAGAUUCGAGGGCCGCUCGCAGCGAAGUCAUAGACUGAAGCGUUUCGUCGAACUCUCCGAACUCUCUCGUUUCCUCGGUCCAUGUAAAAGUGAGACGUCCUGCAUUUGUAUCCGCCUCCGGUUCGUUUUUACCCGAAGAGGCUCCAGAUUACGAGUCCUUGCGAUCGCUGCUCGAUCGUUGCUAGUUGCUCGAUCGUCGAUCGAGGGGCUGCUCACUCGGAAAUCGGUGGAAACGAUUGCCUUCGAUUUCAUACGAUAAACAAUGUAAUUCGGUAACAAGGUGUUAGACCUCAAAAUUGUGACAAUGUUUCGAUGAUUUGUAACGAUUCCCAGCUGAUUUCCGCGUGACUUCUCGCAUGAAAAUCCAUGAUUUCCUGAGUAACUGACUCCUCGUCGUCGACCGUCAAUCGUUACUCGUUACUCGAUCGCUGGGAGGCACAAAUUAUGAGUCUGGGUUAUUUACCGGAUUUCGCGUAAACGUUUCGAGGAGUCUUACCCCUUUUUUGCAGAUGUUUUUGGGACAGGAGCGACGCAAGGUUUCUACGUAUCGCACCUGCUGGUGCAAGUCUUAAUCCGGCCUAGUCCUGAGCGUACAGUUUCCUUCGUCAGCUCCCUAUUGUGCUUACAUGAUUCUAGGAUAUAAGAUAGGUGAUUACAAGCGCGACAAGAGAUUACUGUAGGAGACGGUAGAUCUACAAGUAAGGCCAAUCGAGGUGCGAUAUGUAAACCGAUACCGAGGUAGAUGUAAGUAGGUGAGGAGUAACGACGAGCACCGUAGUUCCAGCUCUUGCACACUUUACUUCGUUCCCUGUGUCAAGUCUGUUGGGUCCACUGCUGGACCGAGUAUUCUGAUCUGUAGUCAAACUAAGAUUAGAAACCAGGCGUUGAUAUUCGCAUCGCGAACGGAGUAUUGUAGGUUGCCGAAAGUUCUGUUCCGCUGCCCGCCGUUAUUGCUCAAUGAAAAAUCGGCCUGAGGCCACUGUAUCGUGCUGACGCCACUGCUUCUAACACGGGUACCAUGAAGAAAGCCUAAAAAAACCUCCACUAGACUGCUAGCCGACGCAAAAUUUCUGUGUAAAGAAGUAGCCUUAGCUGUAACCUGGAGUAAACUCACGUUUAAAUUAGGAAUUCGUCCUUGUGUUGCACAUACCGAGCAUACCGAGCACGCGUUUUCGUCGUUACCAGGGGAAACGAUACGCCAUUAGCCUCUCCCUUGUUUACCCGUAAAAAAUGCAUUUAAGUAGCAUAUUAACCGCAACAUUUGCAGGGUCUGUUUAAGGUGAGACUCGUUUUACGGAAUUUAAAAGGGCCGCCUUUCUUUUCAUUGCUUAGCUAGCGGUUUAGGUUGUAACGCAAAGAUCUGCGCCUAACGACAGAACUCUUGUCUCAUCAUUCCUCUAGAGGUGCCCUUUGUAGCAAGUGACUUGUAUGCACACCUUUGCCUGCAUUGUACACAUCGAGCCAAAUGUUUUGUUCGAAAUCAGAGGCGUUAAUGAUAACGACGGUUGUUGGGGGCUAAAGUACGAUGUUCGCGAUUAUUCGUUUGUGCCAAAAAUGUUUUCAAGCUUCCAUGACUAACGACUGCAGUAUUAUUUCUUUUCUUUUUUCCUUUGUGUCGGCGAAAUUCGAGGAUUUCUUAUGUAACGUUGUGUAGGAAGCUUUUCUUUAUCUAAAACGUUGAGAUUGGAGGUAAAUGACGUUGCUCAAAAAAGUUGACUUUUCCAAAGAUAAGCCCGUCGCUCGUAUUGGGUACACAAGGAGUGUUUUUGCGAACCAAUUAUUUAUUGUCUGUAAUGUCGUUGCUAACUCGACGGUGGGGUGGGGGGUUGGGGGUGGAAAAAGUGCGAUAUUUUCUCUUCUUUUCUCGCCCUGGAAUAUCUAGAACAUGGCAGAUGUUCGCGAUACAGUUCCAUUAACUGUAAAAUUGUACCGUGACGGUAUACCGUGCGGUUGUAAGCUAAGUGAUACCUGCGCUGAGCGUCAACGAUCUUAAAUGCAACCAGUGCAUCUUGUGAUGCGCAAAUAAAAUAUUCAACUAACGAAAA